AUGUUAGAGGAAGAAGAGCUCACCAUAGAAGAAAUUGACUAUGAUAUAGACGAUGAACCUAUACUAAAUGCACAUCAUCACCUACAUCAACAACAACGAGAGAGAGAAAGAGAGCGGGGGCAAGAACAAGUACAAGUACAAGAGCAAGAGCAACAACGGUUUUGCACUAGGUAUACCCCAAAGCAACCAAGAACUAACGAAAAUCACUUGUAUCGGAUAUGCUUACCACCAGAUAAUAACAUCACCAAUCAAAUAACUAAUGAAUUGUUUCAAGUCACUAGCAACUUGAGAACGAAGCAGCCGCAACAACAGAGAAAUAAUUCUCUUUUCUACAACAACGUAUGGAAGAUAGCGCAAGGCUUUGAUAUCAACAACAAGUUAGAAGAGACCGAUUAUGAGUUGGAUGAUGUUACAAGAACAAAAGUUUUCCAAAAGCGGUUUAAAAAACCGAUUAAUGAUAUAAAUCCAGAGUUGGGUGCCUACUUUUCCCUCGAUUCAGAAAAUAAGGAGAAUCCACCUAAACCUUAUAAAGUAACCAAAAAGAAAACAAAACAAAGAAGCAUACCCUUAAUAGAAACCAAUAACCUUCAAAAACGAAAUCCAAAUAACAAAAAGAAACUAAUAGCCACCACCACCACCACCACCACCACCACCAUCACUCCUUUGAGCUCACCUCAAAGGAUAUGCCAACCAAAACACCAAUUUAUUACACCUACAAAACCGUCAUUGAACAAGGCGGAGAAGAAAAUAUUUUUAAUUGAAUCGCUGACUGGACUAGUUGCCGAUGCGACAAGAUUCGCAACAGAAUUAAAUGGGUCAAACAGUUCUGAGCUUCUUUAUCCAGAAAAUGAAAAUGAGGUAAUUCAAAUACCAACAAAUCGAGACAAUGGGGAUAAAACUGCAAUUAUUCGCAUGUACAAUAUCAAAGCAAGCGAAAAAAACACUAUAGAACAUAAACAUAAUGGAUUUUAUUCUGAAAAUGAGCUACAGACUUACCAAUUGAAGCAACAACGCGAGCAAGCGGAUCAGCAGGUCAUAUCAAUAUCGCAAGAGAGUAGUUCUAAUAACGACGGAGUUCAGAUCCUCUCACAAUCCUCAAUUGACAACUUGAAAAAUACCGGAAAGAAACUGGUAAGAUGGGCACCAAAGCUAGAGUGGUAA